AUGGCAAUGGCGUCCCGCACAUACAAUGACGCCAUCGACGCCCUCAACACGCUGCAAACCCCCUACGCCGUGAUCGAGGCCCGCCGCAAGGCCGGCAUACGUCCUGAUGCCGCCUCCGUCCGCGAGAUGCGCGGCUACCUUGCCCGCAUCGGCUACUCCCCGAAGGACCUCGAUCGCCUCAACAUCGUCCACGUCGCCGGUACCAAGGGCAAGGGCAGCACCUGCGCCUUUGUCGACAGCAUCCUCUCCCGCUACCAGCGCUCUGGAAAGGGCCCCAAGAAGAUCGGCCUGUUUACAUCCCCCCAUCUGAUCGCUGUGCGCGAGCGCAUCCGUAUCAACUCUACGCCUCUGUCUGAGGAGCUCUUCGCGAAGUACUUCUUCGAGGUCUGGGACCGGCUCGAGGCGAAUUCCUCCGUCGCAUCAGAUAUGGUCGCCCCGGGCUCCAAGCCCAUCUACGCGCGGUACCUGACGCUCAUGAGCUUCCACGUCUUUCUGUCAGAAGAUGUCGAAGCAUGCGUCUACGAGACGGGUAUUGGUGGCGAGUAUGAUGCCACCAACGUGGUUGAGCGCCCUGUCGCGACGGGCAUCACGACCCUGGGCAUCGACCAUGUCUUUGUCCUGGGCGACACGGUCGAUAAGAUCGCGUGGCAUAAGGCCGGCAUCAUGAAGCGCGGCAGCCCAGCGUUUACCAUCGAGCAGGUCCCAGAAGCUGACAAGGUGCUGCGCGAUCGCGCUGUCGAGAAGGGUGUGGACCUGACUGUGCUGGGCGUCGAUCCUCGUCUAGAAGGCGUCAACAUCCGGCCGGACGCCCUCUUCCAGAAGAAGAAUGCCAGCCUGGCCAUCGCGCUGGCUGAGGCGGCGCUGAAGCGCCUUAAUCCAUCCUUCGAGCGGAAUCCUGAGAGGUUACCCCAAGAAUUCAUCGAAGGCCUGGAACAGGUCGUCUGGCGCGGCCGGUGCGAAGUCAAGUCCGAGGACCGGGUGAUUUGGCAUGUGGACGGUGCGCAUACGGUCGACAGCCUGAAGAUGGCAGCCCGGUGGUUUGCAGGGGAGUGUGCUGCACGACCUGACGGCGGACCCAAGGUGCUGAUAUUCAAUCAGCAGGGCCGUAGCGAAGCGGUCGGGUUCCUGGAGGGGUUGUGCAAUACCAUCAAGAAGGCCGAUCCCACGGGGAAGGGGUUCGAGCAUGUUAUUUUCUGCACGAACGUCACGUAUGCGGCGACGGGGUAUAAGCGGGAUUUUGUCAACCACCAGUACAAUCCUGAAGACAUCCAGAAGAUGACGCAGCAAAAGCUGUUUGCUGAGAAGUGGUCUAGUUUGGACCCCUCAGCCAAUGUCAUGCUCAUCCCCAGUAUCGAAGAGGCUAUCAAUAAGGCUCGCGAACUAGCUGAGAGUGCUGGCGGCCCGCAGUGGCAGGCUCUGAUUACCGGCAGCUUGCAUCUAGUCGGCGGUGCUCUGGGUAUCCUCGAGCGCGCCGACGCUUUGUAA